AUAUUAUGUGGGGGGAAAUAAACAAUUAAUAAGUGAAAUGCGCUCAAAGAUAUUUUGUAAUUUUAAGAUCUUUUAGGGUUUCAAAGUAAACAAGAUCAUUUUUGAACAGAAAUGUUAGAUUUAUCAUUGGACGACCGUUUAGCAAACUGUUACCUCGAUGAUGCGCGCGGGAACACCAGCCAAUCAGAGCGCGCGCUCAGCUCCGACUUUCAGCUCGGCGCGAAAAAAAAUCUGUUAAUUUCUGCUGAAGAUGAAGGUGAUGCGGAGACAUGCUCCCCAGCGCUGCUGACUGUCAGAUGCUUCAGAUGCUUCAGGUUUUUCCUCCACAAUGACUGUCCUUUUUCUGAAAGCGGCUCUUUUUGUAUUGUGCGCCAUUGCUGAGGGCGGAAAAAUGAAGUACAGCCUCAGGAGAACAAACCCUCAGAACCACAAACACGGCACUCCACUCUUCAAGAAGAUGCUGGAUGAAACUAAGACUCAUGCGGUGAAAUCAGAGCAUCUGCUGAGUGUGGAGGAUCACGACUUCACCAUGAGGCCAGCAUUUGCAGGUCCAGCAGUGCCAGUGGGUGUGGAUGUGCAAGUCGAGAGUCUGGACAGCAUCUCAGAAGUAGAUAUGGACUUCACCAUGACUCUGUACCUGAGACACUACUGGAAGGACGAGCGACUGUCUUUUCCCAGUAAACACAAUAAGAGCAUGACCUUUGAUGGCCGGUUGGUGAAGAAGAUCUGGGUGCCUGAUGUGUUUUUUGUCCACUCGAAGCGUUCCUUCAUCCACGACACCACCACAGAGAACAUCAUGAUCAGGGUUUAUCCUGACGGACACGUGCUCUACAGCCUCAGGGUGACCGUAACUUCAGCGUGUAACAUGGACUUCAGUCGGUUCCCGCUGGACACUCAGACCUGCACACUGGAGCUGGAGAGCUAUGCGUACACCGAUGAAGACCUGAUGCUCUACUGGAAGAGCGGAGAUGAGUCUCUAAGUACAGACGACAAGAUCUCUCUGUCUCAGUUCCUCAUCCAGAAGUUUCACACCACCUCCAGACUGGCUUUCUACAGCAGCACAGGUUGGUACAACCGUCUGUACAUCAACUUCACUCUGCGCCGCCAUAUUUUCUUCUUCCUACUUCAGACAUAUUUUCCCGCCACUCUGAUGGUCAUGCUGUCAUGGGUGUCCUUCUGGAUCGACCGGCGAGCUGUUCCUGCCAGAGUCUCUUUAGGCAUCACGACGGUGCUCACCAUGUCCACCAUCAUCACCGGAGUGAACGCCUCCAUGCCCAGAGUUUCCUACAUCAAAGCUGUGGACAUUUACCUGUGGGUCAGCUUCGUCUUUGUCUUUUUGUCUGUACUUGAGUAUGCUGCUGUAAACUACUUGACCACAGUGCAUGAUGGGACUGAUCGCAAGUUAAGGCAGAAGACUUUACCUGGCACAUGUGACAUAUCCAGCAUGAGGACUAUGAUGCUGAAUGAAGCGUAUGGUAGGCCUGAUAGCAAUGGUCUGGCAGGAUACACUCAGACCACCGUCUCCUCUGAGGAGCCUGCAGAGAAACAGGACCCCAUAGCAGUGUGUCUGUCUAUAGGACCAGAGGUCAAAGGAGCCAAGAAAAGGACGCUCAGAGGGCUGCGGAUCAUCCAGAACACUCACGCCAUUGAUGCCUACUCUCGCAUGAUCUUCCCAGGGGCCUUUAUAUUUUUUAAUCUCAUCUACUGGUCUGUCUACCUCUGAGUGAUCAUGGCUGUCGCUUAUUUUACUUACAGUUGAAGUCAGAAUUAUUAUUAUACAGCUAUUUUACCAUCUUUAUCUCCACAGCCGCCUGUCAGUACAGUUAUGAAUGAAGACGCUUCAAUCCUGGUUUGUGGACGUUAAAUCAGGUUUAUUUUGUACAUUAACACAACAGAUAUCCAUACAGCACUGGAUAUUAACAUGUAUCCUGUCACAUUUGCUGUGCAAAAACAGUGCAAAGAUAAACGCGCGUUGUGUGUGUGCAUGCGUGAACGA